AUGCCAGGCGUGGGUGAGCGUACCAUAAGCAGCGAUACCGCGGCGCCGUGCAAGAGGGUAGGCAACGAUGUGGACCCCUUGCUGCCGCACGUGUGCAUAAGCGCGCAGGCACUACAUCCCUUUCCAUCCAUCGAGUGCUUUGAGGCUGCCCGGCGAGCAGCACUGGUGCAAGCGGAGAGGCGAGUAAAAGCGCAUCGCUGGUCUUCUACCGCGCCGGCGAUGGGGUCGGGUGAGGGGGCAGCAACUGCGUCGGCGCUGCUCAACGGACUUGUCCCCAGUGGAUCGCUACUGGCGCAACACACCUACCGUCACGACUACGAGGACCACCGCUGUAAAGAGCACAUGGAUCCCACUGCGGCAGCACCGCCAGGUGAUGCAGCGGAGCAGACAGUCGGCUCAUUGCUCAAGGACUCGCCCAGGACUCCCCCGCCAUCGCCUCAGUUGAUCUUUCCCUCGCCAGUGCUGCUCCGUACGGUGGCGCAGCUGGUGCUGACACUGCAAGCCUCCGCCAGCACCUCUGCUGCACGAUUCACGCUGGUGCAGUACCGCGAUGUGCAGCUGCUCCCGUGGCGCAGGAGUCUCCAUGAGGCGAAAGAGCCGGCGGCUCCUUCUGCACCACGCCUGUUCCGUGAAGCGGUUGUGGUCUCCGUCCUGCCGCAGGUCGUGGCACACUGUGUUGCUUCUCGCGUGCAAGCGACCCCUGGCCAAACUAAGAGUCUUCCAUCUGCUUCUGUCGAAGACGAAAGCAGCGCAACUCUGUACGCCCUCACCCCUUCUGCAGGCCCACCCGCGCUGAUGGGCACGGGAGGAGCGAAGCGGGCGAGGGAAGAAGCACAGGGGGGAACCACACGAGGAGGGAAAGCAGUGAGUUCAGCCAGCGCAGCCAUUGUAGCGGGCGCUGUGCUAUGCGAGCGGCUUUCGACCACUACCGAGGCGGCGAGAGCGCAAACCGCUCCCGUUCGCUACGCCGCCGUCUCCGUUGAUGCCUUUGAAGGAUGGAUACAUCCCAUUGGAAAGAGGGAUGCAAGCCCGCUGCCUACGCCUUCGACGGCGUCCUGUGUCUCAGAGACGUUCUUGUACGAGGAGGAGUCGGCGUGGAUGACGGACGGCGUCUUUCACCCCCUCUUCUCGCUUCCCUUGACGCCGCUUGCGGAGCCCGCUGCUGUCGCCGGUGCCAAUGCGUCCGCCGGGGAGAGCGGCAGCAGCGGGCAGCGCACGGCGCACGCGACAUUUUUGAAGACCAGCGCGUUUUUGUUUCUGUCGUUUCUCGUGCACCGCAGCUGGUGCGCGCACGUGCACUCGGCUGUCACGCAGGCGAUGGCAGCACAUCCGCUGCCCUCCAAGACCAAGCAGCGCGCAGGCUCACCAGGGCUGACGUUCACCGGGACUCACGUGACACGCCUGCCCCCUGUGCAAGAGGUGAGGCGAUCGCCACAGUACGAGUGGCGGUCGGCGUUAGUCUAUUGUGCUCACGGCGAGAGGGCGGCGGAACGCGCCGCAAGCAAUGCUUUGUGCGGCAUCGAAGGCGAUGAAGGAGUUCGCGGGGCUGCUCUUGCGAUCGGCAUAGCAGGGGAAUCCAUACUCUGCGGGCCAGUUCUGUGGCAGCUAACUGUCCUGGUAGUGAACCGAAAUGCGCAGCUGCAGUGGUGCAUGCACAGAACAAGUCUAGCCACCUGUGUCGAAGCCGACUCAGCAGCGACUUCUUUGCCACAUGAUGCGCACAAGGACAUCCUGGAGGGGUCUGGGACCCUCGAUGACCUCCUGCAGCGGCUAUAG